AUGGACAGUCUACAGCUCCCCGAUAUCAACGACUUGUUGGUAACAGCAGACAACCCAGCGAGAGCCGACGUAUCAGGAAUGGACCACGAGCGAUGCGCAUCUCUGCACAACUAUCUGAUGCGCUACGCCUGGGCAGCCGAAGGCCGCUCACUAGCCGAUCUAGACGGGAACAAUGCCACAUUCUUCACCACCCACGGCGACGCCGCCGAAGCUCUUCGUCCACGACUUGGCCAAUCCCUCGCAAGAUUCCUAGAAACGGCCAUCUUGCCUCCCGCAAAUGCAGACGACCCGCCGCCUUUCUUCUUCUGGGCUGCCGGCAUGGCCGAACCGGAAGGCCUCUUUGACAACGGUACAUUCGACUUAUUUGACGAGCCCGAGGACGCCUUGGUCUGCCUAUAUCCGGCCAUCGACGGCCAGGGAGGCGGGUCUGGCGGUGGUUUGUGGUAUCACCAGCCCACUCACCGCGCCGCCUUCUUCAUGAGCCAGGUCGACUAUGAAUUUGCGCUACCCGUUAACGAGGGGCAGCAUGCCGCGCUGUGGCAUCCGCUCGAGACUGUCCUCUCCAACUGGAUCAAUCUCAUUCGCCUGGGAAAGGCCAAGGUCACACCUCACGACACGCCCUCCCAGUAUGGCAGCGAAAAGAUUGGCGGGCGCUGGGAGUGGCGACCAUACGGCGACGCUCAGGUAGCUGAUUGCAUUGCCGCGUGGGAUCGGCUGUGCGACGCCAUCAAGGCACGCAUACCAAAUGUGACAGACCAGCCGCAGUCUAAACCGUUACUCACGCCCGCUGUGCUUGAUGCAGCAUCAGUACCGGACGGUUUUGCACGCGUCUUUCUGACCCGCGCCCGUCGGCCUCGGUUCGGCCACAUCGCUCCGGGCCUCGCCUUUCCUCCUUCAAACGCAGCCGAGUUCACUUCUUUGCAGCGCUUCGCACCGCAGCAGCGACGGGGGCCGCAGGAUAUCCCACCUGUCUGUCUCUUCCCCGCCGCGCAAAGUGGGCUCGAGGCCGACGUGACUGGGUCUUUUAACCCAUUUCCAAGUUACUCGGAUCUAUCCCGAGUCCCCGCUGGUGUCUAUAGCGAGUCCAUCUCAAGGGAUUCCUACGACAACGCCGAAGAGGGGUUCCGGCUGCUGUUACCAUUCGGUUUACAGGGUUAUGUUGGGGAUGAGGAGGAUGUAGCUGGCGCGCGGAAGAGUGACGGGUCUUUUGUCGAGACGGGUAGCGUGGCUGAGCUCUACCAGCAUGGAUACAAGCCGUUUGGCGGCGACCAGAACCGCCCUCAACGCCUGGAACGUCUUCUGAAUCAUUGGCGCGGGUUAGUUGACGAGGGAGUCUGGCGUGUAGGGCCGCAGGGGGUUGAAGGCUCCAUUGAGACUUUUCGGGAGGCUGACACGACACAUUGGCGCAACUAUUACAUCUCACCGAGUUGGUGA